AUGCUGGCUCUCUCGAUCGCCAGCGCCGCCGCUGGAGCGCACCCCCACCGGGCGCCUCUGUUCAGCACCACGCCACUCUCACCGAGCUGCGUGGCGCUGGCUGCUGCCGCCGACCGGGAUCCCAGCUACGCCUCCCGGAUGGCAAGCACUUUUGCGACCUUUGACUUUGACGGCGGUGGCAUGUACAGCGUGGCGAAGGCGCGCGCGCACGCAGCCGCGGUCGAGCCAGAGGUGGAGUCCGAGCUAGCGCGCUGCUGGCAGCGCCGGCGCGCCCAGUGCGGCGAUUUUGGAAGGACGAUCAGGGGGACAGCUCCGUCGUGGUCGACAGCUCCAUCUUCGGGACUGCAGCACAUGCAGCUCUCCAUCUUUGUCGCCACCUGGGGCCGCACGGCGAUGAUCCGCUCCAGGGGCAUCGCCAGCUUUCUCGACGAGCUAUCCGCUCGCGGUUUUGCAGGGGUCGAGGCGACCGCAGAGGAGCUCGGAGCCUCUCUGAAGGAGCGGGUCGAGUACUGCCGCCUCCUCCAAGCGAGAGGGCUGAGGUUAAUAUACGCCGCCUACACGAGCUGGCUCGGCUACGAGGGCGCGCACCCGGGAUUCACCACGCCGCCGGAGCACCUGGCGGCGCUGGAUGCGGAGCUGGCCAAGGCGGCAGAGCUCGAGGCGGCGGCGCCUGGGACCCUCGCUCACAUCAACAUCCACGGCGGCUGCGACUCGUUUGACGAGGCGCAGGCGGACGAGUACUACAGCGGGGCCCUCCCACGGAUCGACGCCUUCCUCGCGACACACGCCCACCUGUCGACCGGCGCCCGCAGCGGCGUCUCGCACGAGUCGCACCGAGGCCGGCCCCUCUUCCACCCGACGCCGACGCGCCGGCUGCUGGCCAAGCACGGGCGCGACCGGCUGAAGCUGACGCUGGAUGUGUCCCACUGGCACGUCUCUAGCGAGCGGAUCGUCGGGCCCGACCCCGAGGCGCUCGGCGCGGCGAACGUGGAGUGGGGCGCGGCCGAGGCCGCGCUGGCGGAGGCGGCGAGGAGGGAGGAGGAGGUUCCUCCCGGUGUGGCGGCAGAGAGGCGCUGGCUGCACGGGGAGGCGUACCUCGCCGUCGAGCACGUCCACGCACGCAUCGGCAGCGGGCAAAGCGCGCAGACGCCCCCGGGCGAAGACGCGGACUGGAACGCGGUGCGGCGGACCGAGAUGUAG